AUGGUGCACUAUCUCGCCGGUCUCAACCUUAGCCUCAGCCCUUCCCAGCAUGUCGAAGCAAUAGUCACCGCCUCUGUCCUUGGCCAGGUCGCAGCCACCGCUUGGGCCCACCGCAACUCCACUUCUCUUGCCAAGGAGACCACAGGGCCCGUAAAAACGCUGCCCAAAGCGCACAGUGCCGCGUGGCUCGCCCUCCCCGCACAUGGCUUCAGCUCUUUGCUGCCCCCUGUCCUGUACCUUAGCGGCGUGCUCGCACACAAUCUCGAGCAGCCAGAGUGGUUGCGGAAAUUCAGCCUUCCGGGAGAGUUGGACGACGUCUUCCACUCCUCCGAGGGUCGCGCGGUCGGCGUGGUGAGAGUUCUUGCGAGCAUCGUCAGCGUGGGAGUCGGGUACGCUGCUACGAAGACCGUCAGGGCUUUGGGUGGCCAGUGGCACUACAUCGGAAUUCGUGAGAAAGCCCAGGUUGUUUCAACCGGUCCUUACGCUAUCGUGCGCCACCCUCUCUACAGUCUGAUCCUCGUGCAGGAGUUCCUGAUGGCAGGAAUGUUCUGGUCGUACAUACCCCUUGUCGCUCUCCCGAUCACGGCGCUUGCGUUCGCGGUGAAGGUGCCGGUCGAAGAAAAACUCAUCGAAGACGACGAGAACACCGGCCCCGCAUACGUCGAGUACAAGAAGAAGGUCACGGCGAGGCUCAUCCCCUGGUUGUGGUAA